AUGCCAAAAAUUAGACAUUCACGAACGAAAAAGCCGCCAGAAGGCUUCGAUGACAUAGAACCAACUUUACUCGAGUUUGCGCAGAAGAUGAAAGAUGCCGAAAAUGAACCACAUGAAGGAAAACGACGUGUUGAAUCUUUGUGGCCCAUUUUUCGUUUGCACCAUCAAAGAUCACGUUAUAUUUAUGAUUUGUAUUAUAAACGUGAAGCCAUAUCAAAAGAUGUGUACGAAUAUUGUGUAAAAAAUGGGUACGCCGAUGGAAAUUUGAUUGCGAAAUGGAAAAAGCCAGGAUUUGAACGUCUCUGUUGUCUAAGAUGCAUUCAACCUAAAGACACGAACUUUGGAACAACAUGUAUCUGUCGAGUGCCGAAAUCAAAACUGGAGGCAGGCCGUAUUGUCGAAUGUGUUUUGUGUGGUUGCAGAGGCUGUUCGAGCACCGAUUUCACUUCUUCUAAAAAGGAUAAAUCAAGACCGAAAGUACCUGAGGAAAUUCAAGAUUCAUCUAUUCAACAGGAGUUACAUGAAUUUACACAGUUAGAACAAAUCAACCAAACGCAUACAUCAACAUCCCAUCCAAAUUAUGAGGAAGAAAACGAAGAUAACCAGGAUAACCUCGAUGGAUAA